AUGGCGCCUCUGCUUUACUUUUUCGCUCGUGAGGAGCUGCUGUGUCGGCUUAGCUGUUGGUCUCUGGGAGUGCACGGUUGUCUGUACCACCUCUUCUGUCACCCUGCAGGUCCCUCUGCCUGUGAGUGUGGUGGCAGCAGUUGAAGGAGUGUUCCUGGAUUCCCUGAAGUGCAUAUUUUCAAGAUGCAGUUGUGAUGUGUCUAGUAAUCUAACCUGGGAAUUUUAAAGAAGCAGGAAGAAGAAAUGGCUGGUUCUCCGGAAAUGCUGACAUUCAGGGAUGUGACCAUAGAAUUAUCUCUGGAGGAGUGGGCGUGCCUGAAUCCUGCUCAAAGGAAUUUGUAUAGGGAUGUGACAUUAGAGAACUACAGAAACCUCGUCUCCCUGGGUCUUGCUGCCUCUAAACCAGACCUGAUCACCUAUCUGGAGCAAUGGAAAAAGUCAUGGAAUGUGAAGAGACAUGAGACAGUUGCCAAACACCCAGAUAUGCUUCCCUGUUAUGCCCGAGGCCUGUGGACAAAGCAGUGCAUAGAAGCUCCAUUCCACAAAGUGGUAGUGGACAUAUUUGAGGGUUGUGGUCUUGAAAAUUUACACUUAAGGAAAGACUGGAAAAGUGUAACUGAGUAUGAAGGGCAGAAUGCAUGUUAUGAUGGGCAUAAAAAAUGUAGGAAAACAAAUAGUUACAAACAUAUUACCGACAUCAGAGGUCAAAAACAUAAAACGUCUUGGAGAAAAACUUCAUAUAUGUUAGUUACUUUUUCUGAACCACACGUUUCUCAAAGUAAAUAUCAGUGUCAACUUUUGGAGCAUAACUUUUAUUUGAAUAGAAAUUUGCAAAGCCUAAAUAGUGACCUAUUCUAUGUUGCAAAUUAUGAGUUGGUGGAUCAACUAAAAUAUAGAAUUAGAUUAAAUGCUCAGUCAAAUAUUUCUCAAGAUCUUAGAUUUAAUAAUGUAAAUAUGUCUAAAUUUGAUCAAUUUGAUGGGUCCUUUGUUAAAUAUUUAUUAUCCUUCCACCACAAUAUAUUACUUUCUUACCCCCAAAUCUAUAAUAUUGAUCCAUACGAAAAUACCUUUACCACUUCAUCAUUGCUUACUAAAUAUCAGGGAAUAAAUAAUUGGGGAAAACAUCACUCUUAUAAUAACAGUUUGAUAUUCCUUAGCCAGGGUCCUAGUCUAAAUAAUUUUCAAGAUGUUUAUAUUGAAGACCUAGCUAAUCAAUGCCAUAAUCUUGAGAGAACCUUUUAUCAAGGCUCUAGUCCUAGGAAACAUCAGAAACCUCAUUUACCAUUCAAGAAAUUCAAAUGUAAAAAAUGUAAGAAAAUCUUUCUUCAAUAUUCAAAACUUAUUUUCCAUCAGAGGAUCCAUAUCCAGUGUAAGUAUUACAAAUGUAUUAAGUAUUUAGAACCUUUUACCCAGUCUUCAAAACAUACUAUGUAUGAAGGAAUCCAUUCUGGAGAAAAGUCAUACAGAUGCAAUAAAUCUAAGAAAGUCUUUAAUCAGUCAUCAAAUCUAAGAAAACAUAACAUAAACCAUAGUGAGGAGAAACUCUACAGAUGUAGAGAAUGUGACAAAGACUUCCACUGUAGUUCACAUCUUACUCAACAUCAGAGCACUCAUACUGGUGAGAACCCCUACAAAAGUAAAGAAUGUGACAAAGCCCUUAACCGUAGUUCACAUCUUACUCAACAUGAGAGCAUUUAUACUGGAGAGAAGCCCUACAAAUGUAAAAACUGUGGCAAAGCCUUUAACACUAAUGCAUACCUUACUCGUCAUGCGGUAAUUCAUACUGGAGAGAAGCCUUACAAAUGUAAAGAAUGUGGCAAAGCCUUUAACACUAGUACAUACCUUACUCGUCACGAGAUAAUUCAUACUGGAGAGAAGCCUUACAAAUGUAAAGAAUGUGGCAAAGCAUUUAAUAGCAAUUCAUACCUUACUCAGCACCAGCGAAUUCAUACUGGAGGAAAACUAUACACAUGUGAAAUGUGCAAUAAGCCAUUUAUUCAUCCUUCCAGUCUUAUUCGGCAUAUGAGAAUUCAUACUGGAGAAAAACCUUACAAAUGUAAAGAGUGUGGCAAAGCCUUUAACACUACGACAUACCUUACUCACCACCAGAGAAUACAUACGGGAGAAAAGCCUUAUAAAUGUAAGCAUUGUAGCAAAGCAUUUCGAACUAGUUCACACCUUACAGAGCACCAGAGAAUUCAUACUGGAGAAAAACUAUAUAAAUGUGAAAUGUGCAGUAAGUCAUUUACUCAUACUUCAAGUCUUAUUCGGCAUAUUAGAAUUCAUAGUGGGGAGAAACCCUACAAAUGUCAAGAAUGUGGCAAAGCAUUUAACCGCAGUUCGCAUCUUACUCGACAUCAGAACAUUCAUACUGGAGAGAAGACCUUCAAGUGUAAAGAAUGUGGCAAAGAAUUUAACUGUAGUUCAAAUCUUACAAAACAUCAGAAAAUUCAUAGUGGAGUGAAACCGUACAAAUGUGACGAUUGUGGCAAAGCCUUUAGCACUAGCUCAUACCUUACUCUGCACCAGAGAAUUCAUACUGGAGAGAAACCCUACACUUGUAAGGAAUGUGGUAAAGCUUUUAGCCAUAGCUCAUACCUUACUCUGCACCAGAGAAUUCAUACUGGAGAGAAACCCUACACAUGUAGAGAAUGUGGCAAAGCAUUUUACCAUACUUCACAUCUUACUCAACAUCAGAUAAUUCAUACUGGAGAGAAGCCCUACAAAUGUAAAGAAUGUGGCAAAGGAUUUAAAACUAGCUCAUACCUUACACAGCACCAGAGAAUACAUACUGGAGAAAAACUGUACAAAUGUAACAUAUGCAGUAAGUCAUUUACUCAUCCUUCAAGUGUUAUUCGGCAUAUAAGAAUUCAUACUGGAGAGAAACCCUACAAAUGUAAAGAAUGUGGCAAAGCAUUUAACUAUCGUUCACAUCUUACUCAACAUCAGAUAAUUCAUACUGGAGAGAAGCCCUUCAAGUGUAAGGAAUGUGGGAAAGCAUUUAAUUGUAGUUCAAAUCUUAUAAAACAUGAGAGAAUUCAUAUUGGAGUGAUACCCAACAAAUGUAAUGAAUGUGGCACAGGCUUCACCCAUAAUUCACAUUUUACUCAACAAGAAAUCAUUCAAACUGAAGAGAAGCCCUACAAAUGUAAAGGCUGUAGCUAAGCCUUUAACAGUAGUUCUUAUCUUACUCAAUA